CGCCGUGGUUAUUAUUAGCGGUGACACGGUCUAAGUGUUGAAGCACGCCGGAGAGAGAGCGAGCAUGAGCCGCACCGUGCUGCCGCAUGUGAGCCAGCGGGGCCGGGGGGAGGAGCAGCGCUGGGUCCCGUGUACUGCACCGUGGGACAGCCCCAUCCAGACGCUGCAGCUGGGCGGCGGCAGCAGAGAGCGACCACACCGAGGACGGAAAAAACUAAAAAAAAAAAGAGAAAGGAGUCAGCCGUAACCUCCACCUGAAUUCAGCUUCCUGGUUUCCAGCGUUCAACGCCUCUUUGUCGGGACCACACAUCGACGGAAAAAACUUUAGCGUUUCCCAUGCUGAACUAGCUUGGGAGGGCUUGUGGAUCCGAGGAGCGUCUCAGUGAAGCGGGGAAAGGAGGAUGAGCGCCAAGAGGAAGGCAGAGAGUCUCCUGAGGGCAGCGAACCGACCUUACGUCAUGAAGUGCAGAGGUUCCCUGGCGGAUUCGGAAAGAGACUCCGGGUUCUCAGAUGCCAGCUCAGAGCACCUGAGCACCGUGGACGCCACCGACUCGGAGGACUCGCCCCAGCCCGCUGCACGGCGGGGGGCGCAGGGCGCGGGCUCCGACUCGAAGCGCUCUCAGCCGGCUGUGGUCGGGGGCUCCUACUCCAGACUCUCACCGAUGAUCAUAAUGAACAACGUUGUGCUGAAGCAGCCUGUGGAGAACCCUCCUGCUCUGAAGCCCUGGGGGUUCAGUCCCACCGUGGAGGUGGUGCAGCCGGUGGUCCCGCCGCCUCAGGUGGUCUUUCUUCAGCCGGUGGUCUCUCGCCAGGGCUCCCCGGGCUCCAAAGAAGCCACCUCUAAGCACAGACGCUCUAGAAAGUAUCUGCCGAUCUUAAAGUCCUACCCCAAGAUCGCCCCGCAUCCCGGAGACAGUGUUGGUUCCUCAGGAAGAGGGACUGCUUCUUCUUCUUCCUCCUCCUCCUCCUCCUCUUCAUCAGGGUCAGAGAAAUGUAGCACCUUGAGCUCCAGCCUGUGGGAACAGCACCAGAGGCAGAAGGAACAGAGAUCUCUGUGCAGCAGCACCAGUAACUCUGCGUGUGCGUCUCCCAGUCUUCCCGGUACCCCCAGCACCGCGUCGCCUCUGCUCCACACCAGACUUUCCCUCCCCGCAGCAGAAAGCGGCGCCGGCGUCAGUCCCGCCACGGAGGGGCCUUCGCCGGACGGCAGCCCGCCCCCGCCUCUCAGUCCCUCCAAACACCAGACGCUCAGCCUGGACAGCAUCUCGUCUCUGGAGUACGGCCUGAGCGACGGCGGCUCGUACUCCAAGAGGAAGCGCUUCUGCAACACGUACAACAUCCUGAGCAAGUCCGGCCUGCUGGACAUCACGCUGCGCACCAAGGAGCUCCUCAGGCAGAACCAGAGCACUCAGAGCGACCUGGACCGGCUCAGGAAACACACGGACCUGUUCCUGCUGGCCCUGCAGACCGGGGACACCAGCGGCUGCGUGAGACUGCUGAGCAGCCUGCAGGAGGAGGACAGGGAGAGGGCCGCUCAGAACGGCCUGAAAGCAGAUCAGACCUAGACCGGCGCGCGGCGGUAAUCCAUCAGACUCAGAGGAGGAUCCGAACGAGGGGGGGUAGACGUGUGCGCAGGCAGAUGGACUGAAAGUAAUGUGCUCUACAUUACUGAUCCCUCCCCCAGACUCUCAGACUGACAGCAGCACACUGUGGCCUACAUUUUCGCUACUGUUUGCCUUCAGUCCCUUCCCGACCAAACUAAUGUAAAAAGAAGUCGUCAGAAUACUUGUCUCCUUUUUAAUUGUCGCACUCUAGUCAAGAAAUGCUCUGCAACGCUGUAGGGGGGACCCUGCUGCUGCUCUCUUUCACUAACGGGCGGCGCAGACGAGAACCGUGAACGCGUUUAGUGGUUAAAGGUGUGGAAACGGCUCGGUUAAUUACUGAACCUUUAGUCUACCUGGGCUCCCUCUGAUGGCAAAAGUUGAUCCGUUUUUCAUUUCAACCUAAAGCGGGCGAAGGGAUCGGGCGAUCCUGGAUAAAUGUGAUCGGUGGGAUCAAAACAUGAACGCUGUCAGAUAUUCUGACUUAGAAUCCCCUUUAAAAGGCUUUGAGAAGAGCGUUACUUAUGAGUGGAUUUUCUCAGCAAGUUCGCAUCCAAAAGGUAAAACGCUGCAACCUUCUGAUGACUGUAAAUGUGGUUUGCGGAACCAAAGUGUCGAAGCAGUAAGAAAAGAUCAGCGUUCUCCCUCUGCGAAGCUCUCCGUUUAGUUCAGGGCCCAUUCAGAAAGUCCUGCCUCCUCCAUCAGGGCCGUUUUUAAUGGGCAGAUUCUCUGGUUUCUGCAGCCAAACAGACCAAAUAAGGCUAGAUAUUUCAAUUUAAGUUGGAUUUAAACCUUAAAGCAUACCUGCUGUUUUUAUAGCAGACUGUCGUCAAUUGUCUGGGCUUUCUAAAAAUUGAUCCGCAGGCACGUUUAGCAGAC